AUGCAAUUCGGUUUAGUUUCCAUGUUAUCCGUUGCCUUUAUGGCUUCUCAAGUUGUUGUUGCAACUCCUCCAGCCUGUUUGUUGGCUUGUGUUGCUCAAGUUAACAAGCAAUCUACUGAGUGUAGUUCUUUAAAUGAUGCCUCUUGUAUUUGUGAUAAGGAGAGCAGUUCUAUUCAAUCAUGUUUGAAAUCUAUUUGUCCAAAUGGUAAUGCCGAUGCUGCUUAUUCCAGCUUCCAAAGUUCAUGUUCUAAUUUAGGUUUUUCUGUCGGUUCCGUUUCAUCUGCUUCCUCUAGUGCUGCUUCCUCUAGUGCUGCUUCCUCUAGUGCUGCUUCCUCUAGUGCUGCUUCCUCUAGUGCUGCUUCCUCUAGUGCUGCUUCCUCUAGUGCUGCUUCCUCCAGUGCUGCUUCCUCCAGUGCUGCUUCCUCUAGUGCUGCUUCCUCUAGUGCUGCUUCCUCUAGUGCUGCUUCCUCUAGUGCUGCUUCCUCUAGUGCUGCUUCCUCUAGUGUUGCUCCUUCCAGUGUUGCCUCCUCUAGUGUUGCUCCUUCCAGUGUUGCUUCCUCUAGUGUUGCUUCCUCUAGUGCCACUUCCACAGAAGCUGCCAUCUCCACAACUUUUACUUCCAGUGCUAACUCAGUCUCUACCGCAUCUUCCAGUACUGUUCUUGAGAUUUCUGAUAUAUAUUCCGAUGGUGCUGUUUCUAUGAAUGCCGGUAACAUUGCAGCUGCAGGUUUAUUAGCUCUUGGUGCUUUAUUGUUUUAA